CCCACACCAUGCCUUUGGAAGAGUUUGUGGCUGGCUGGAUCUCUGCAUAGAUUUGCUUCCUGGGCCUGGCACACGGCCCUUACUCUAGCACCUUCUUGUCACCAUAGGAGCUCUGGGCCUGGUCCUGGGACACCCCUUCGACACUGUAAAAGUACGGCUGCAGACCCAGACCACAUACCAGGGCAUCAUGGACUGCAUAGUGAAGACUUAUCGCCAUGAGUCGCUCCUGGGCUUCUUCAAGGGAAUGAGCUUCCCCAUCGCCAGCGUAGCUGUGGUCAACUCUGUUCUCUUUGGAGUGUACAGCAACACACUACUGCUCCUCACGGCAGCCUCCCACCAGGAAAGGCGGACCCAGCCGCCCAACUACCCACACAUCUUCAUAGCCGGCUGCACUGGGGGCCUCUUGCAGUCCUACUGCCUAGCCCCUUUUGACCUCAUCAAAGUCCGUCUACAAAACCAGACAGAACCGAGGGUGCAGCGGGGAAGCUCCCAACCCCGGUACAGGGGACCCACGCACUGUGCAGUCACCAUCUUACGGGAGGAGGGGCCCCAGGGACUGUUCCGAGGAGCCUGGGCCCUGGUGCUGAGGGACACCCCCACGUUGGGAUUCUACUUUGUCACCUAUGAAGGGAUCUGUCGCCAGUACACACCAGAUGGCCAGGACCCCAGCUCCACCACUGUGCUGGUGGCGGGGGGCUUUGCAGGGAUUGCUUCCUGGAUCACAGCGACGCCCUUUGACGUGGUCAAGUCCCGGAUGCAGAUGGAUGGGGUGAAGAAGAAAGAGUACAAGGGGAUGCUAGACUGUAUGGUGAGCAGCUUCCGGCAGGAGGGCGUAGGAGUCUUCUUCCGGGGACUGACCAUCAACACCGCCCGCGCCUUUCCUGUCAAUGCUGUUACUUUCCUGAGCUACGAGUACCUCCUGCGCUUGUGGAGAUGAGCCUAGCCAGGCCAUGCCAGCAUCUCCAUGCCAGCAGAGACCAGGGUCAACUGCAGGAUCACAGGCACCUCCACUGGAGUUUAAAGGCAAGACGCCUCUCAAUGGUACCCUCGUUGCCAUGCUACGAUUUCCCCCCUAAAGGAGCUCUUAGGGAUUAGUCACUACCUCUGAGCCGCCCAACCCUUGGAUUCCAGUGACUUCACACACUAGACUCCUCCUACUCCUCCAUUCAAAACUUUUCUCCGAGACUGGAGAAUGACCUAAUGACCUUUUGUAUCUGGUCUCCCCCACCUUCCCCGUUCCUGUCGCCCGUCCUAGUGCUUUCAGACAGGAAAAGCCCAACAGCCAGCAGGAAGCCACCAUCAUCCCUCCAGCUAGCAGGAUGUCCUCUAAGACUCAGGCAGAGCAUUGUUGCUGGGGCUCCUCCAGCCCCACUCACGUUGAAUGUAGGGUUCCCAAGCACGCUUGCCUACCCCCGUUUUAGCCCUUGCCUGUGACACUCAUAUUUCUGAAUGAUGAUUUGCAUCUUGGCUUCCUUGUUAGCCCCAGUGUCUUGAGUCAACGUUGUACUUUUGUCUUUAAGUGUGAGCCCUAUGCUUGAACAGACCUAUGCAAUAAACAUUCAUUCAGCGAA